CGUGUUGACUAAGUGGUAUACAUCGGGGAGAGAGAAAAAAAAAAUGGCGGACAGCAGUGAAAAUUUGGAGAAAAAUCGCGAGUGUUCGAUCGAUCAGGUGAAAAAGUGCUCGGAAAAAUCGAAAAAUUUCCUUAUCGAGUCGUUGCUAGGUGUGGGGGGUGAUAAAAAUGAGAAAAUAGGGGAUGUUGGGGAAGAUGGGGAUGUGGAUAAUGAGGGGAGAGACUUAUUGGUGGAGAAUAGUGGUGAUUUUGGAAGAACUGAAGAGGAGGUUGUGUCAACGACUGAAGGAUAUUUUCAAAGGAAUAUGGUUGAAACAGAUUUCUCUUAUUCAGAUGCCAAAUCUGAUGAUGAACGAAAAAAGAGACCUAGAACGGCGUUCACAGCUUCACAAAUCAAAUCUCUAGAAGCAGAAUUCGAGAAAAACAAGUACUUAUCAGUAGCCAAGAGAUUACAGCUGUCCAAAGCUUUGAAACUAACAGAAACACAGAUAAAAAUAUGGUUUCAAAACAGACGAACCAAAUGGAAAAGAAAGUAUACUAACGACAUAGAAUUGCUAGCACAACAGUACUACUCUUCAAUAGGAAUUCUCACACCCAGACCAAUAUAUUUAGGAGAUAGAUUAUGGUUUUUCAACUAUCCCGGCCAACCGGGACUCUCCAGUGUACCUCCGGUACUUCCCAGCAAUGUACCACUUCCUCCCACGAAUCCACUACCAACUCACAUAAGGCUGGGCUCACAGGCACACCACGUUGAUGAUUACAUCAAGUACCACCAUCACCAUCAGAGUGAACAGUCACCAGAAUACUCUCCUAUGGUACAAUUACAAAAUUUCAGAAGGCAUUUUGAUAACCCUUAAAAAUUUGUAUGAUUUACUCUAAUUAACUUUUGUAUAUACCUAAGUACUUAAUAUUUUUUGGAUUUUUUUACUGCUGUACUGUAUGAUAAAUUAUUUUAUUAUGUGAUUGGAAUAAAACUGA